AUUGCAAAUUCCCGGACUGCUAGGGAGAAGGAAGGGGGCGGAGGAGAAAGGGCUGCUGCAGGCGCCGUGCAGGGGGCGCCGGGGGCUCCAGUCUCUGACGCCGGGUCCGGCUGGAGCAGCUCGCGGGCCGUUCUGGCUCGGGUGGCCUCACCAGGAAGCGUCAGAAUCUCGACACUGGGGAAGCUCGGAGCGCCGCCUCCGCUGCCGCCGCCGCCGCCUCCCGCCCGGCUCCGGGUCCCCUAGCCCCCUCCCCUCCCAGCCCGGCUCUCUCCUCCCUCCUGGACGAUCCUGCUCGGGCGCCUUUCCCGGCGAUGGCUGGCCGCUGAGGCAUGGCUCAGUACGGCCACCCCAGCCCGCUCGGCAUGGCUGCGAGAGAGGAGCUGUACAGCAAAGUCACCCCGCGGAGGAACCGCCAGCAGCGCCCCGGCACCAUCAAGCAUGGCUCGGCGCUGGACGUGCUCCUCUCCAUGGGGUUCCCCAGAGCCCGCGCACAAAAAGCCUUGGCAUCCACAGGAGGAAGAAGUGUUCAGGCGGCUUGUGACUGGUUGUUCUCCCACGUGGGCGACCCCUUCCUGGACGACCCGCUGCCUCGGGAGUAUGUGCUCUACCUCCGCCCCACGGGCCCCUUGGCCCAGAAGCUCUCCGACUUCUGGCAGCAGUCGAAGCAGAUCUGUGGGAAGAACAAGGCACACAACAUCUUCCCCCACAUCACCCUCUGCCAGUUCUUCAUGUGUGAAGACAGCAAGGUGGAUGCCCUGGGGGAAGCCCUGCAGGCCACCGUCAGUCGCUGGAAGUGUAAGUUCUCGGCCCCACUGCCCCUGGAGCUCUAUACCUCCUCCAACUUCAUCGGCCUCUUUGUGAAGGAGGACAGUGCUGAGGUCCUCAAGAAGUUUGCCGCAGACUUUGCCGCGGAAGCGGCCUCCAAAACCGAAGUCCAUGUGGAACCUCAUAAGAAGCAGCUGCAUGUGACGCUAGCUUACCACUUCCAAGCGAGUCACCUACCCACCCUGGAGAAACUAGCCCAGAACAUAGACGUCAAACUUGGGUGCGACUGGGUGGCUACCAUAUUCUCGCGGGACAUCCGAUUUGCUAACCACGAGACGUUACAGGUGAUCUACCCGUACACACCACAGAAUGACGAUGAGCUGGAGCUGGUGCCUGGGGACUUCAUCUUCAUGUCGCCGAUGGAGCAGACGAGCACCAGCGAGGGCUGGAUCUACGGCACGUCCCUGACCACUGGCUGUUCCGGACUCCUGCCUGAGAAUUACAUCACCAAGGCCGACGAGUGCAGCACCUGGAUAUUUCACGGCUCUUACUCCAUCCUAAACACAUCGUCUUCCAGCUCGCUGCCCUUUGGUGAUGGGGUGUUAGAGAGGCGGCAGUAUGAAGACCAGGGCCUGGGGGAGACGACACCCCUGACCAUCAUCUGCCAGCCCACGCAGCCUCUGAGGGUCGGCAGCCAGCCUGGUCCUCAAAAGCGAUGCCUCUUUGUGUGUCGGCACGGGGAGAGGAUGGAUGUUGUAUUUGGCAAGUACUGGCUGUCCCAGUGCUUCGAUGCCAAAGGCCGCUACAUGCGCACCAACCUGAACAUGCCUCACAGCUUACCUCAGCGCAGUGGUGGGUUCCGGGAUUACGAGAAAGACGCCCCAAUCACCGUGUUUGGAUGCAUGCAAGCAAGGCUUGUGGGGGAAGCCUUACUAGAGAGCAAUACCACCAUCGACCACGUCUACUGCUCCCCUUCCCUGCGUUGCGUGCAGACUGCAUACAACAUCUUGAAAGGUUUACAACAAGAAAAUCACUUGAAGAUCCGCGUAGAACCUGGCUUAUUUGAGUGGACGAAAUGGGUUGCUGGGAACACAUUACCUGCAUGGAUACCUCCAUCGGAGUUAGCUGCGGCCAACCUGAGUGUUGAUACAACCUACAGACCUCAUAUUCCAGUCAGCAAAUUAGUGGUUUCGGAAUCCUAUGACACUUACAUCAGUAGAAGCUUCCAAGUCACCAAAGAAAUAAUCAGUGAAUGUAAAAGUAAAGGAAAUAACAUCCUGUUUGUGGCCCACGCAUCUUCCCUUGAAGCCUGCACCUGCCAACUUCAGGGCCUCUCGCCUCAGAACUCCAAGGAUUUUGUACAGAUGGUCCGAAAGAUCCCAUACCUGGGAUUUUGUUCCUGUGAAGAACUAGGAGAAACUGGAAUAUGGCAGCUAACAGACCCACCCAUCCUUCCUCUUACCCAUGGACCCACCGGGGGCUUCAACUGGAGAGAAACCUUGCUCCAAGAAUAGAGCACAGUG